GGCACAACCACUCACAGCUGUCUCCUACUAGCGCAGGGACAAGAUACGAAACAUGAAGUCUGCGUCGACCUUCGUCUUCUUCCUUGCGGCCGCACUGAGCGUGUCUGCGCUCAACACACCCCAUAUCCGAGUCCGGCAAGAGAGCAGUAGCACCGAGGGCCCUGUGUGCAACGGCGCGGCGGUCGUGGAGACGUCCACCCUGGUUGCAGGCAACGCGACGCUCGAGCUCACGAAGUUCUCGUGCGCGCCUACUCUCGCGCCCCUCGUCCAGGCGAACGGCGGAGGGCUGCUUGGGCUGCUCGGCGGCCUCCUCUCGUGGUACUUCCCUUUCCCGCCGCUCUUCCCCUUCCCGCCGAAGCCGAAGCCCAAGUCCACGACGGUCACGAAGGUGUCGACCGCGACGGCCACCGCGACAGUGACAAAGGUGUCGACGGCCACUGCGACGGCCACGACGACCGAGACGGACACGGAGACGGACACUGCGACGGUGACGAGCGCGACCACGGUCAUCGAGAGCGUUACGGACUCGGCCACUCUGACCGUCACCGCCACUGUCACUGCUGCGACCCCGAGCUCGACGUUCACAAACGUCUGCGGCGAGAUCUGCACUACCGUCUGUGGGCAGUCUGGCCGCCUCCCGCCCAUCAGUGAGGACUGCCAACAGUUGGUGAACUCCAUCACGAUCCUCAAUGGACAGAUUGAGCCGACGUUCGACGUCGAGCCGGACCACGCGCAAACGAUCACCUUCGGCACCUGUCGGUUCUUCUUCCAGAACGUCGGGCCGACGCCGCUUGAGUACUGCUGGCUCAGCCUCGCUCAGGUGGCGUCUGCGGCGGGCAAUGCGUGCUUCCCGCCCGUGCAGCCGAUGUCGUCCGAGGGACUGUGCAUCGAUAGCGCGGACAUGGAGUGGCAGGUUGGCGCGGCUCACUCGUGAAGAAGACACCGGUAAGGAGAGCUUGCGAAAGGCCGACGUGCGAUUGGGGAUCGCGGGGUGGCAAAGUAUGGGUCUAUCGAUAUGGUCUAAUAGCUGGGAAUUCGUCUGGGCUUCUGAGUGUGAUUUUAUGGUGGUCUGGAAGUGGGAGGAAGACAUACCAUGCGUGUCCGUUACCUACGC